AUGUCUACACGUAUUUGCCUCGUAGCCUUAAUUGGUUUACCAGCUGCUGGAAAAAGUACAUUUAGUAGGUGGAUGCUAUCAAUACCUCAACAACAGUUCAACGUCAUUCAUCUUUGUUACGACGAUUUUCUGCCAGCACAAGAUAAUACUCUAAUUGCAGAAAUAGAAUUAAAAUCACAACGUAGCAAAAUAUUGGCAAAUAUAAACUCGCUUAUAUGUGAAUUAAAUGAUAAUGCUUAUAUAGCAAGAGAUAUCAUUAAAUCUGUAAAAUUAUCUGAAAACGAAAAAUGCAACGACUUCUUAAUCCUAUGUGAUGAUAAUAAUUACUAUCGUAGUAUGAGAUAUAAACUGUAUCAGUUGUGCAGGCAGAACAAGUGUGCUUAUGCACAAAUUUACUUAGAGUGUGAUUUAAAAUUGGCAUUAAGUCGAAAUAGUGCACGGCCUGACAAUGAGCGAGUGUCAGAUGAAAUUUUGCAACGAAUGGGAAUAAGACUGGAGAGACCCAAUUCAGCAAAGCAUCACUGGGAGGAAAACACCUUAUUACUGGCGGGAUGUGACGACUUCACAAUAAUGAAAGCUGGUAUUUUGGAUUUUCUAUCUAAGUCGCUUGAUGAAAUAGUACAACCUCUGACACAAUCUGUUACUACUGAAACAGUGGUGUCAUUGCUGCACCAACUUGAUUUGCUACUACGAAAAAGAAUUGGUGAUAUUUUGCAGUUGGAGAAUGAUUCAGCUGAGCGGUCAAAAAAAGUUAAAAUGCUGAUAGCUAAGCGUAAGGCAAUACUCCAAGAAUUUAGAAAAAAAGUUGAAAAGGACUCGAUAAGUAUUGAUGACUUGGACAUAUAUGUAUAUUUGUUGAACUAACUUUUGUAUAAACUAUAACGCGAAAUUUUAAAUUUAUUUAAAAACUUCUAUAUAUAAGGUUGUUAGUUUUAUAAUCGCAUUAAAACAAAAUUAUAGGUUUAUUAUUUUUAUUGCAUAAAGACAAACUCUAUAUUUCAUUAAAGCAUUGCUUUAUAUUACAUAUUUGGUAUAUAUAAAUUUAAGGAAUAUACUAAAUUUAUAUAAAACCAUUAUAUUACAUAUAAUAAUGUUAAUAAUUUGCUCACACUUUUGUUAAUUACGCUACACAGUAAAUAAAAACUCUGUGUGUAGGCAAAGUAUUUUUCUUAAUCAUCAAAAUUUCAGUGGGGUCCCUUUACUAAAAUUAACGUUACAUUUAUUUCAUUUAAAUCAAUUGUCGGUCGAACAUGUUUGAAAUUACGAACUUCAAUUGAUCCAAUUGAUUUUGAAAUCUGUUCCCACUAAAAAAUUUAAAGAUGUAAUGAUUUGGGGUGUAUAACGUAAUGCCGACAAUUAAAAUCUCGAAAUUUAGAAUCCCGACAGUCAAAAUACCGACAAAUCAAAACACCGACAAAUCAAAACACUGACAAAUCAAAAUACCGACAAAUCGAAACAUCGACAAACCACAAUACCGACAAAUCAAGAAAAGGUGGCGUUGUUCGUCCGAGGCCCUGCGGCCUUCGGCCUCCGGCCACGAACACGCUCAGGAUCAUAACCCUUAGUCGGCAGAAUUCUCUUUCUGUGCUUCGAUAGAAAUAAGGGCAGGCAAGAUAAAAUAUUUUUCACAUGUCGGCAUUUUGGUUUGUCGGUAUUUUGAUUUUUCGGUGUUCUGAUUUGUCGGUGUUUUGAUUUGUCGGUAUUUUGAUUUAGCUGCAUAUUUAAAUUUUGUCGGUAUUUUGAUAUGUCGACAUUUUGAAUUUCGAUAUUUUAAGUGUAUCCCAAUGAUUUUAUUAAUUUUGAGAUGCGCGUGUGCCAAAUUAUAAAAAUAAUUUGCAUAUUAUAAAUAUAUUGUAAAUAAAUAUAAUGUAAUAUGUGAUGAUUAUAAUGAACAUAUAAACUUA